GCAAUAUUUUAUUGCUAGUCAAAGUUAAAAAUGUUAGGCACGGGGACAUCAUCUUCCAAUAGCGGCCUUACAAACUCCUCUCAGCAGACCCUAAUUGAUAUAUCUGGGCUUAUGUUUAAGGCUAACAACAUCCGCUAUGUUAUUCUCAGUCGUGCUUGCCCCGCCGCCUUGUACGGCAGUGACAAGCAAUUCUGUACCUCUGAAAUGUUGCAUUGGGACCAAUAUCGCACUCAACACAAAAUUAAUGAUGGAACAGGGUCAAUAAUGAAGCUAUACCAGCCGCGAGGAAUUGCUUUUGAGGAGUUUUGCUUCAACGAUCCGCCGAUCGUUGAGGAGGGAGGGCUAAGGUUUAAGUCCAAGUCCUUGGCCGUGCGCCCAGAACCAGAAAGCACCUUUGUCCAAAACUUCUGUCCUGAAAUGCAGCAUUGGCUUGACUUCUGUGAGACUAAAGGAAUUCCUCUAGAAAAAGAUGGGGAAUCUAUUGCAGCACUGUUUAAACCUUUUUGCGGUAGAAAAUUACUGUUUUGGGAUCACAAGGACAAAUUCAUACGAUAUAUCGCACUGAGCGUUGCAAUCGCUCAUUUUGAUGAGGAUCAUCACUUUUACUGCUCUGAGAUGGAGCACUAUGAUGAUUAUAACGCUAUGAAGAAAAUAUCUAGCGAGACAUCGAUGAAGAAAACUUUUGGAAUACACGCUUAG